AUCUUUUUCCUUCCAAACUUAUAUCUUUUUAUUUUGGUUUCAUUGAUUAAAUUUGGCAAACAUUAUACAACAAUGGAAAGCAAGCCGACCUCGGUUACAUAGUAAUAGCAGCCGUAAAGAUGAAAAUUAGAGCUAAUUGCAUAGAUCAUAGAUCACUGCCUACCUUCAACUCACACAAAUUCAUAACCAUCUAUACAAAGUAAAACGUAGAGCAUGUCCUGAAAUUCAGUGGGAAUCUGGUUUCUCAAUUAAUGUUUGAGUUGCAGCACAUGGCCUUGCUCUUCCUCCGCCGUCCACCCCACUACUCUAAAACUUUUCUUUAUUCCGCUGCUUUAAAUGCAGAUUCCUUACUCCCCGAUUUAAACACUUCACUCCCACACCCCACUCUCACUCCUCCCAUACAUAUACUACAUUCAGUAUUCAGACUUGUUCACGGUACAGUAUACACUUCUAUGCGUGUGUAAGUGGGUACAAUGAUGUUGAUGAGGGGAGUAUUGUGGAUUACCAGCAUUUUGCUGCUGCUGAUUGGUUCGUAUUCGGUGAAUGCCAGCCUGUCGGCUGAUCUCCACGCGGCGAUGGCGUUCAGAGACGCAAUGGGUGGUGCUAUCUCCACCGCGUGGACUGGCAAUGACUUCUGCAUAUGGCCUGGAAUCGUAUGCGAACCGGGUACUCUACGGGUCACAGACAUUGUCCUACGGGCUGAGGACACAUCCGACCCAACUCUAGCAAACCAGAAGCUUCUCUGGACGGGUGACUGGACUGGGCUAAUCUCGGAUUCCCUUUGCCUGCUCGAUCAGCUCACUACUCUCAUCGUCACCGACUGGGGCUCCAUCUCCGGCGAAAUCCCGCCCUGCAUUACCUCCCUUUCCCGUCUCCGGAUUCUGGACCUCUCAGGAAACAGAAUCUCUGGCGGUAUCCCGACGGAUAUUGGAAAGCUGAGCCAACUCGUUGUUUUGAAUCUUGCGGAUAACGAACUCUCAGGGUCCAUUCCCGCGUCCAUUGUCGACCUCAGCAGCCUCAAGCUUCUUGACAUAAGCAACAACAAACUCUCCGGGGAAAUCCCAUCGGACAUCGGGAAGCUCAAAAUGCUGAGCCGGGCCAUAAUGGGCGGGAACCAACUCAGCGGCUCGAUGCCUACUUCAAUCGCUGCUCUCUCCAGGAUGGCCGAUUUGGACCUGUCGAUGAACCAGAUAUCCGGCUCCAUUCCCGAACAGAUCGGGUCAAUGCCAGUUUUAUCAACCCUCAAUCUUUACUCUAACCAACUGUCGGGAGAGAUACCAGCCAGUCUGUUCAGCAACACUGGUCUAAAUCACUUGAAUCUGAGCAGAAAUUCAUUAGAAGGGAAGCUACCAGAUAGCUUCAGCCCGGAAAAUUACUAUACAGUGCUGGAUCUAUCCUAUAAUAGGUUAAGCGGUGAAGUUCCAAAGUCUAUCGGAUCAGUGAAAUACAUGGGAGCUUUGGAUUUGAGCAACAACAGCUUUGAAACCUAGCCCCAUCACCACAUCUGCUUUUGCAACUUUUUCUCAGUUGUGAUGUUAAUUUUCAUUUUUCCUUAACAUGAUGUAAGACUGUUC